UCAAUGUUCAUCACAGAACCUUCAUGUUGUCAUAAAUGGCAACAGUACGGUACGAACUGCUCUCGCUGCCACUAUAAACUUAAUCGUUAAAGUUGGGACUGCAGAGAUCAGUUGUUCGACAGGUGCCCAUGUGCUCGGAUGUGUGAUUAAAUUAUUGAACAGAUCUCACCGGCAAGAAAAUCGUCGUCCAGAAGCAAGUGCGAAGAAAACUCGUUACCGUUUGACUAAGCCUUAGAGAAGCCAAAAAACAAGUUAUGGAUAACCGAACGUACAUCGCAGAAUCUCAAGUUGAUCUCAGUGCAGUGACCCACAGUAAUAAUGCAUUGGAUGCAACUGCCGCAAACGGGAAUGGUGCGGUGGCCAAGAAACCAUCCCCGGUCCGAGACAAAUGGGGAAAAGAUGUAGAGUUCAUGUUGUCCUGCAUAGCCUAUUCGGUGGGCUUUGGAAAUGUGUGGAAGUUUCCGUAUACUGCCCUCAAGAAUGGAGGAGGAGCUUUCCUGAUCCCUUAUUUGGUGGUGUUGUUCCUCGUGGGGAGACCAAUCUACUAUCUGGAGAUGGUGAUGGGUCAGUUUUCGAGUCGAGGUGUGGUCAAGAUCUACGAUCUGAGUCCUGCCAUGAGGGGUAUAGGGGUGGCGCAAUCAAUCGCUAUGUUUAUUGUAAUGACGUACUACACCCCGGUACUGGCGAUCACCUUCCGCUAUCUGGUGGCGUCGUUCAAUGCCGCACUGCCGUGGGCCAAAUGUGAUCCUUCGUGGCCCAAUUGCGUCGAUUCAGACUUCGUUGGGCAAAUCGUUUUCAACUCGAGUAUUAAACCUAAAGCUUCCGCAGAACUAUACUUUCAAAAUUCUGUGAUGCAUCAAAACGGAUCUCUGUACGAGGGGCUUGGACUCCCUGACUGGAAGCUGGUGCUUUGUCUGCUCUUUGCAUGGUUGUGCGUUGCAACCAUUUUGAUAAAAGGCAUUAAAAGUUCCGGAAAGGCAUCCUACUUCCUGGCCAUCUUUCCGUACGUGAUCAUCUUGAUUCUGUUCGUCCACGCGUGCACUCUAGAUGGGGCAUUCAACGGAAUUUUGUUUUUCCUAACGCCACAGUGGGAUCAAUUGCUGAACGUAACGGUAUGGUAUGAAGCAGUAACGCAGUGCUUUUUCUCGCUUUCGGUGUGCUUUGGCGGGAUCAUCGCCUAUGCCUCGUUCAACAACUUCUCCAACAACGUGUACAAGGACGCCAUCAUCAUUUCCUGGCUGGACACCUUCACGUCCAUCAUUGCCGGGUGCAUUGUGUUCGGCGUGAUUGGAAACCUGGCAUACGUCACCGAGCAGCAAGACAUCCAGGAGGUGGUCAAAAGUGGCGCUGGACUGACGUUUAUGACCUAUCCGGACGCGAUCGCCAAGUUCGACUGGCUGCCGCAGCUAUUUUCGGCGCUGUUCUUUCUAAUGCUGUUCAUCGUCGGGCUGGGCAGUAACCUGGGCGUGACGACCAGCAUUGUUACGGCGAUUAAGGAUCAGUGCCCGGAGUUGAAGAACUGGCAGGUUGUGUCGGCGGUUGCCGUGGCUGGGUUUUCUUUUGGGAUUGUGUAUCUGACGCCUGGAGGAUUGGAUUUCCUUGAUAUUUUGGAUUACUAUGGUGCUAAGUACGUUACGUUGACGUUUGCCGUGCUGGAACUUGCUACGCUGGCGUGGAUCUACGGUGUGGACCGCAUCUGCAGGGAUAUCAAGUUCAUGCUGGGCAUCGAGACCAGCUUGUUCUGGAGGAUCUGCUGGGGAGUUGUGACGCCUUUGGUAACCGUGAUCAUUUUGCUGUUGAGCUUCAUUGAUUACGAGGCUUUUAAGGUUCCCGUAGGAUACAACAUUCUCGGUUGGUUUAUCUACAUUGUGGCCGUCCUCCAGCUACCCGGCUGGGCGUUGUACGCCACCACACGGAGCAGCUCGAAAACACUAGACUCGUGGUGGGCCUCGUUGAAGAAAUCGUUUCGCCCACUGCCCGAAUGGGGUCCAGAAGAGGUGCAGACGCGGCUACGCUACCAGGAGGAAGUGGAACAGUACGAGGCUACGGUACCGCGAGAUCGCAAUGUUAUGGAUUGCGUCAAGCGGAAGUUGUUUAGUUGAUCAAAUACUCAGUUGUGUUUUAGUGGAAUUAGUUCAUAGAUAUCGAUUAAGGCGUACUAAUAAAUUAGGCAUUCAUUUCGUAAACGGCCAAUUCGACACUGAAUAAUACUUAUUAGACAGGGUAUUGGUUCCCCUACUAAGCAUGUGACUCCUACUUUCAUCCUACGAAAAACAAAGGACUUUGUAUUUUUUGUUGGAAGUGAGCACGUAUGAAAACGAAAAGAACGGAAUCAAUUGGUGCCGUUAUCGAUUGUUUUCUAAUAGCGUGAAUUUGGGAGAGUGAGAUUAGUGUUGGCACACAUCCCCCAUAUGAAUUUACAAGAAGCAAUUGUUUGUAAUUCUAACAUAUAUAGUUUUCGUUCAUGUGUUCUAGUUAUUUAAAUUUAAAUGAAAUAAAUAAUUUAGUCGUUGUUUAAGA